UUGUUGUUCUUGUUGUUCUUCAUAACGGUUUUUCACGAUUCGAAAAAUUUAUUCAGUAUAAAUUUUGAUAAAAUUUUAAUUACGACGUAGUGUAUUAUUUUAACGACCUUUAUUUCAUAACUAUCGACUAAUCAGUAACUUAAAAAUAUGUCCAAUUCAACUCCAAAUCAAUCCUUUACAGGUCCACACGGAGUCAUCGAUUUACUAGAUCCUCGCUCGCCUACGACAGCUUUCCAAAGGACUCCUAUAAUGAUACUGCAUCAAGCUCAAGACGCUAAUAUGUCCGUCGAUGAAAAUACAUGCGAAAUUUUAAACGAUAACGAUGUGAAUUCCGUAGAAGCAGUGAACGAUUUGGGUUUGGAUUUGGAAGAAGAUAGGAAUACAUCGAGUUCCAGCACAUCGUUUCUUAGCGCUACGAUGGAAGUAGAAGAAGCAAAUCUUACGUCGUGUGAUCCAUCACCGGUCGUUUCAGAUUUCAAUGUCUCCGAAACGUUGGAAAAAGAACCCGAAAUUGAUCAAGAAACUGCAGUCGAGACACCCAAAACAAUCGAACCGGUAUCGGAUAGUAUAGUUUUAUCGAGUGAGAAAUCAUGUAUCGAAACCGUUACUCCUGACGACUCAUUUGCCGAUAUUCAACUCGAGAUUAAAAAUCCAGCCAAGAAAUUAUUCUACACGCCGAAUAAAAAAAGAGUACCUUUAGUAGCUGUGGAUAACAUUUGCCCAGUAACACCUCCCGUAUCACUGCCUCAAAACGUGCUACGUCAAAAGCAAUGGAAACGUAUACAAGAAGAACGUAAAAAGCUCGGAUUGGAAUCAGAUGAAAAUGUACCUCUUCCUUUGAACGAUAUAACCGCUUCGGCUCCUAGUAAAUUAAUGCUUAGGAAAAACAGACUACGAUCGAGAUACGACAUGUCUUCAUAAUAAUUUUAACUAGCAUUAUGUUUUUAUUUUUUUAAUUAUUAUUACUAGUAAAUCAAUCGUGUUUUUUGUAGCUUUAAUAGCUUCGAAUUCGAAUGUACUCGUAAUUGAUGAACGAUUUUUUAUCUACCUAUUUUAAACUUGAUAUUUUAGUAUAACUCAUUCCCGUGUGACAAUAAAUUAUUUCAUUUUACUGCGUA